AUGGCCCGCAAGCACCGAACCGGGCCGUGCCACGGACCGGGCCAAAAGGCCGGGCCAAAUUUAACGGGCCAAAUGUACAUCUAUACUCACACCCACUCUCUCCCACUCUGCCUCCCCCUCUCUCUACCUCUCCAUCUCUCCCUCCCCGUCUCUCCCGACGCGGCAGGACACCCGAGCGGAGUGAGGGCGCCCACGGCGCGCCGCCGCACCGGCUCAGGCGGGCCUCCCCGGUGGGCGCGGGUGUGGUGCGCCCUGGCACAGCGCCGCGGGCCUGUGCAGCCUCUCCCCGAGACCCCGAGCGUUGUCCCAGACCACGCCCACGCCCCACCCCCGCCAAGUGCUGCCUCGGCGAAGACCGUGCCGCCCUACGACCCCGUCGAGGUGUGUUCCACAGCGUGUUGCGUGCGGCGACGUGCACAGAACCCAACGACGACCUGCGCCAACGCGAAGCAUGCCAGCUCUACCGGUGCGGUGGCACGGUCUCCAGGUCCACUUCCUGACGCCUGCACGAGGUGCUCAGGGGCCAGAUCUGGUGUGUGGGUGUGUGCCUGCAGUCCGCCGAUGCCGGACGAACUACGCCAGACCUGUAGUGGGAGCUGCCCCUACCUCUUCAUCCCCUGCAUUUGGGCUGGUUGACCAGGACAAGGACGCCCCCUCGGAGCGACAGUGCAGAUGGACCACAACACCUCCGUCAUGCAAGCCAUGAUGACAUGGAUAAACAUGCCGCACACGCCUCCGAGGCGGCAGCGUCCCCACAGCGGCGUCACGCGGCGGCAGCGUGUUCUUGUGGGUACGCUGGGCCCACGCGCUAAGGUCGUGGGUGACGAUGGUGGUGCAAGCGCGCUCGCGUGGCCAGGGGUGCGUCCCUGCGGCGGCGACGCUCGAUAGGGGCGAGCUCGUGUGGCGGCAGCGCUCUGCCGAGCGCAUCCCUACGGUGGCGCGCGGCGUCACGCGACAGGGGCGAGCUCGCGCGGUUGCAACGCUCGGCCAGGCGUGUCCCCAUGGUGGCGUCACACGGCAGGGGCCCGGCGACCGCAACCCCUUGCGCGCCGUCCUCGCCCUCAAGCGCCGUCCGCGGAUCGACGUUGGCGUCAGCCACGUCGAGGAGAUCGAGGAGCCACUCGACCCCACACUCGCCCUCGCCUGCACCGCUCGACCCCGCGCUCGCCCUCGCCUGCGCCUCGACUCCUAGAUCAUCCGCACGUGAGCCUCGCGGCGUGUUCCCGUCGCCGACUGUUCGCCGUGGACCUGCUGGGUUUUGGGUGGAGCUCCAAGCCGGCGGACUAGGUGUACAUUCUUUCUCCCGUGACUUGAAGGGCAAGAAGGAUAUUGUGCUAUCUGGGACCCAUGUGUUAGAGCUCUUAAACGGAAGAAAACGUAACGG